AUUUAUUCUGCAAAAAAUAAUAAUCGUCGUGAAUCAGAGAAAAAGUUUCCACUCAGAAGAAGAGAUAAAUCGAUCUGAGAAAGAUGGGAGAUUCGGAGUCAUUUGUUGGCAAAAAUUGGAAUGGUUUCAAGGAUUUCUGGAGUGAUAGGUUAUCCUUUUUCGAAAAUUACACCAGAUUCACCAAACGCGAUUCGCCUCUUCCUUCUUGGUCUUCCUCCGACGUCGACGAAUUCAUUGCCUCCGAUCCUGUCCAUGGACCCACCCUGAAAACUGCUAGGGAAGCUGUGACGUUUGGUGUUACUGGCGCUGCACUUGGAGCUGUCUCUACUGCUGCUUUUGCCUGGAAAUACUCCAGGAGUCCUCAUGGUGCUGCAUUGUCCUUCUUAGGAGGAGGUGUUUUUGGUUGGACCUUUGGGCAAGAGGUCGCCAACCACACAUUGCAACUCUAUAAGUUGGACACUAUGGCAGCGCAAGUUAAGUUCUUGGAAUGGUGGGAACGUAAGUCUCAAUGAAGGUCCUGAAUCUGAAGUGAAGACGCGUGCUGCUUUCUCGUCCAGAUUAUCUUGCAAACAGCAGGAAAUGCUGAUAGUUAUCCAAUCCAUUUCCAGACUUUCGCCUUUGAAACUUUUUCUAUUCUCACUCUUGGAACAUGUUUUCCUUGUCUGAAUAAAUCCAACAUGCCUCG